AUGAGCAACCCAAACGCCAGUCUCCGCCAGCUAGGUCACCGCCUGCUGGCCGCUCCACUGCCGUCCGCUACCAUGUUGACCUCCCCUGAUCCUGACGACGACCCCUUUGAGGAGCUGUCCCCUAUCAACCUGCGCAUCUCGACGAGAGUCAACGUCUCGCGAGAUAACAACCUCGUCGCGCUGCCGAGCACCCCCAGUGAUCAGGCUUCCCUUGUCGCAGAGGCCAUCGUCCGCGCCUUCAAGAGCAGCACCGUCAUGGAGGGCGGCAUUCCGAUGAUCGACCAGGACGGCCGCCCUCGACCUGUCAAGAUUGAAGUCGAUGCCGGCAUGACGGUCGAGGGCUCUCACAAUAUUGUCGGCACAGAGUCUAUUAUUGCAGACGUUCUCAGAAACCGCCAUGCAACCUACCUCAAGCAGCGCACUGGUAGCGUCAGCUCGACAGCCACAGCCGUAGACAGGUCGACGGGCUCAGGCGGUUGCUCGGAAGACUCUAGCAGGAGUGCAACGCCCUCGCGACGUCGAAGCGCGUCUGAGAUGGAUUGCGAGCCUCAGCUGCCUGCAUCGAAGAGGGCACGUGGCCAGGGUCAGUCGGCGCUGUGA